GUGCGCGCGCGCGCGCGAGCGAGACAGCGUCCACGAGCCCGCCUCUGCGCGAGCUCCGGAUCGGCGUGUGCAGUUGUGCAGGAAAACGAGCGGAAAACACACACACACACACACACACGCACGCACUCCGGAGCUUCGAGAGCGCACGGUGCCGAGCUGUUACUGCUGUCCGUGCCCGGGCUCCUUCUGCAAGCGGAUAAAAUGAGUUUCUUUACGCUUUUCAGCCGGAGGCAUUUAGUCCUUCGAGCUCUCCUGGUUCAGGUUCUUGCUUCUUUAGGAACUUUUGCAGCGCCUUCGCCUAUCAUUAAGUUCCCAGGCGAUGAUCCUGCAUCUCGGACAGACAAAGAAGUAGCGCUGCAUUACUUGAAUAAGUUCUAUGCAUGCCCACAAGACCGCUGCAACUUGAUGGUUCUGAAGGACACGCUGAAGAAGAUGCAGAAGUUCUUUUCUCUUCCGGAGACGGGAGAGAUUGAUCAGAAGACAGUUGAGAUUAUGAAGAAGCCACGCUGUGGUGUCCCAGAUGUGGCCAAUUACAACUUCUUCCCGUCAAAGCCUAAGUGGCAAAAUAAUGAAAUCACAUACAGGAUCUUGGGUCACAGUCCAGAUAUGGAUGAGGAGACGAUCGAUGAUGCUUUCUUCCGUGCUUUUAAAGUCUGGAGUGAUGUUACACCUCUUAAAUUCACACGCAUCACGACCGGAGAGGCUGAUAUCAUGAUCAACUUUGGGCGCAAUGAGCAUGGUGAUGGUUAUCCAUUUGAUGGUAAGGAUGGUCUUCUGGCCCAUGCGUUUGCUCCGGGCCCUGGGAUUGGAGGAGAUUCCCACUUUGAUGAUGAUGAGCAUUGGACUUUGGGAGAGGGCCAAGUUGUAAAGGUGAAGUAUGGCAAUGCGGAGGGGGAGUUCUGUAAGUUUCCAUUCCUCUUCAUGGGUAAACUGUACAACAGCUGCACAAAUCAAGGUCGUGAUGAUGGCUUUCUGUGGUGUUCAACAACCUAUGACUUUGACACUGAUGGAAAGUAUGGGUUCUGUCCACAUGAAUUGCUGCUCACACUGGGUGGAAAUGGAGAAGGAGCACCAUGUAAGUUCCCCUUCACGUUCCAAGGAGAGAAGUAUGACAGUUGCACCACUGCAGGUAGAGAUGACGGGUACCGUUGGUGCGCCACUACAGAGAACUAUGACCAGGACAAGACCUAUGGAUUCUGCCCUGAAACUGCCAUGUCUACAAUUGGAGGGAAUGCUGAGGGAGCUCCCUGUGUGUUCCCAUUUAUUUUCCUGGGCAAAUCUUACGAUGCAUGCACCACCUCUGGACGUAAUGAUGGGAAGAUAUGGUGUAGUACCACCAAGAGUUUUGAUGAAGACCGCAAAUGGGGCUUUUGUCCAGACCAAGGCUACAGUCUGUUCCUGGUGGCAGCUCAUGAGUUUGGCCAUGCUCUGGGCCUGGAGCACUCCCAAGACCCUGGAUCACUCAUGGCUCCCAUCUACACCUACACUAAGCACUUCAGGCUCUCCAAUGAUGACAUCAGAGGAAUUCAGGAGCUCUACGGUGUGCCAACAGGAAAGCCACUUCCUCCCACUCAGGGUCCAGUCACUCCUAUGGAUAUCUGCAGUGAGAACAUCAUAUUUGAUUCUAUAGCACAGUUCAGAGGGGAGACUUUCUUCUUUAAAGACAGGUUCCUGUUUAGAACUACUAGUACAGACAAGAAGCCAUCAGGUCCAUUGUUGGUGGCCACAUUCUGGAGUGAGCUUCCUGAGAAGAUAGAUGCAGCCUAUGAGAACCCACUGGAGGAGAAGUCCGUGUUCUUUUCAGGUGAUGAAAUGUGGGUGUAUUCAGCAAGCACUCUGGAGAGAGGCUAUCCUAAAAAGAUCUCCUCCAUGGGCUUUCCACCAGACCUUCACCGCAUAGAUGCAGCCUAUGCCUUCCACAAGAGCAAGAAGACCUACCUGUUCUCUGGAGACAAAUUCUGGAGAUACAAUGAGGCCAAAAAGAAAAUGGAUCCUGGCUUCCCCAAACUCAUUGCUGAUUCCUGGAACGGAGUUCCUGAUGAUUUGGACGCUGCCUUCAGUAUGAACGGAGGGGGCUACAGCUACUUCUUCAAAGACUCCCACUAUCACAAAAUGGACGAGAACUUUAGGAUCAUCAAGGUGGGAGAGGUGAAAGCAGACUGGCUGCACUGCUGAGCAGCAGUACGAUCCCCCAGCCAUGACCUUUAAACUUGGAUCAUCUUAUUCUGUGCCACUAUGGUGUAAUGUUUUAUUGGCAACACUCCAAUCUGUCAGAAUGUCUUCGCUCCCACUGAUCUCUCCCAGUUGAGAUCAAUCUGGUAUUAGUCAGCCUGUGAGGCUUUAUCAUAGCUCUGGUGAUCUUCCGUAAUGGAACAUAGUUAAAGCCAGAUCUUACAAACUAUUUGCAUCGUUAAACCAUGUGAUAAUUGCUGUUUAUUUCCAGUGCUCAUUUUUUCUUUACUCAUGGCCUCCUUAAAGGAAAUUAAUUUGUGUGUCACACUAGAUUUGCAAAGACAUCAGGUAUGUCCCCACUGAAUAUUCAUGCAAUAUUGUAUUUCAUGUAUUGUUUUUCUACAUAAACCGGAUUCAGUCAAGUAGGACUGUAAAAGUACAAUUAUAGGCAUAAAAACUAAUGUUUUGGAAAUGUUUUGACUUUUGUUUAUUAUUCUAUUAGUGGAAAAUCUUAUCUGGUGCAGUAUUUUUUUUUUUAUAUCAUUUCCUAGGGGGAAGCACUUUUUUGUACAUUAAUUAAAAUUGUGUUCUGCAGCAACACAGAGACCAAACAUAACAGUAGCACAUCAUUUUUUAUUUUUCUUCUGUUUCUUUCAUGGCACUAGGCAAUUGAGGGCACGGGUUGCCUGAGACUGUAUAUGGGUUUGUUGUGUGAUGGACUCAUGACCGAAAAGUAUCAUGGAAAAUACUGUUAAUUAAUCAUAUGUACUUUUAUUUUGACCUUUUGAGUUGGCAUUAUAUGUUUUUAUUAUUGUUUGCUUUGUGCACUUUGUCAUUACAUGUAAUUCUGAAAAUAAAGACAAAAUAAAGACUG